AUGGGAGACGACCAGCUGGAUUUCGAACUACCCGAAGAGGUUCUGUCGGUGAUUCCGAUGGACCCUUUUGAGCAGCUGGAUCUCGCGAGGAAGAUUACGUCAAUGGCGAUAGCUUCAAGGGUGUCGAAUUUGGACUCUGAGGUGGUGGAAUUGAGACAGAAGCUUUCGGAUAAGGAAAGUGUUGUCCGUGAGCUCGAGGAGAAGGCGUCUCGUCUGGAGAGAGACUGUCGUGAAGCUGAUUCGAGGUUGAAAAUCGUCCUCGAGGAUAAUAUGAACCUUACAAAGGAGAAGGAUUCACUGGCAAUGACUGUAACGAAACUCACCCGUGAUUUGGCUAAGUUGGAGACAUUCAAGCGGCAGUUAAUCAAAUCCCUAAGCGACGAGAGUGGUCAGCAAACAGAACCUGUUGAUAUUAGGACAUGUGACCAGUCUAUUCCAGGCGAAGAUGCACACUCAGUAACCCAUCCUUACAGUGGUUCUGUAGACACAAACAAUCCAACUGUCGAAGCUUCAACAUACACUGGAAACAAGUUCUCAAUGACACCGUACAUCUCUCCACGUCUUACCCCAACUGCAACACCAAAGAUUAUCUCUGUAAGUGUAACCCCUCGAGGCUAUUCUGCAGUGACUUCUCCUAAAAGAACAUCACGUGCAGUUUCUCCCGCAAAAACAAAACUCUGGUACCCUUCAAGUCAGCAAUCAUCAGCUGCGAACUCUCCACCUCGCAACCGCACACUCCCAGCUCGUACACCUCGGAUGGAUGGUAAGGAAUUUUUCAGACAAGCCAGGAGCCGAUUAUCUUAUGAACAAUUCAGUGCCUUCUUAGCUAACAUCAAGGAACUCAAUGCGCGUAAGCAAACCCAAGAGGAAACUCUGAGGAAAGCAGAUGAAAUAUUUGGAGAAGAUAACAAAGAUCUCUACCUAUCUUUCCAAGGUCUUCUCAGCAGAAACAUGCGUUAA